ACAUGCUCACUGCACCGGACAAACACACAAGCGCCCCACAUACACUAGUGGGAAGCUGAGCUUGAGUGCACACCGCUAUCAGUUCUACUGUUAAACCGCAGAGAUGCAAUACAGCAAAUUUCACCGGUGGAGAACUCCUACAUUUACUGAAAAGAAGCAACACAGAGAGUGGUGAAGACCAAAGAAACGUUAAAAAACUCUUCAAUAUAGACUGGAGAGUGACAUGGCGUACCUUGUGCCUGGACUACUUAUUAGUUUGAUGGCCAUGCAGACCAUUCAGCAUGAUGGAAACAAAACCAGGAUUAAAAGCAACAGUUCACUUGGUGUGGUACCAAAAACCUUCAAGGGGAGGACAAACAAACUUAAUCACACAAACAGGCUGCCAGCCCAGCUCUAUCCCAGCACAACGCCUUGGCUGGAUUUGAGCUCUGAGGACGCAGUGACGGCCUAUACCACAGGGGUCCUCAGCACCAGGGUCAUACCCUCAUCAUACAUCCUAGCUAUGCUGGUGGGUAUCCCCUCCAACGCCUACAUCCUGGCCUUCCUCAGACUCAGAGCCAAGUCCUUCACCACAAUAAUUCUUUACCUGAACCUGGCCUUGUCCAACCUGCUGCUCCUGCUCUCCCUGGCACUGCGUGUUCACUACCACUUCAACGGAAACGACUGGACAUUUGGCGAAAUCUCCUGCCGGUUUAUCACAGCCUUGUUUUAUGGCAAUGUUUACUGUUCAGCUCAAACUAUAGCAUGCAUCAGUCUGAAGCGCUACCUGGCUGUGGUCAAACCAUUUUUGUACAGACAGCUGGCUAAGACUAGAGUGGCAGUGUGGACAUGCUUGGUUGUUUGGUUUCUUUUCGCGACUGCUAUUGUGCCUGAGCUCCUGGUUAGACAGAGCUACCAUGUCCCCAAGCUGGGAAUCACCACCUGCCAUGAUGUACUUCCCCUAGAAGAAAAAUCCCAUUCCCUGCUGGUGCCAUACAGGCUGAUGCUGGUUUGUCUAGGCUUCAUAGUUCCCUUCUUGGUUUGUCUUUAUGCCCAUGUAGCAGUAGUUUACCACCUAAGUCAAUCACGUUGUGACUGGAGACCAUUUAUCAAGGUCAGCACUGUGGUUUUCAUCAUCUUUGUGGUAUGUUUCUUGCCAAGCGGCAUCCUGCACUUCGCCCACUACAUCCGGUUGUUUUCUUAUGGGGACGACAGACUGUAUGGAUACUACAGAGUCGCAGUGUGUCUCUGCUGCUUCCACAGUUGUCUGGAUCCCUUCCUGUGUAUGCUAAUCUCCAAGACAGCAGCCUCAGAAGUACAAUUCAUCUCCCUCCAUGGGACACCUCAGAGGCCGCCAGUUAUGACGUGAGGUUCAAUGUGUGUGCACAGAAAAUCAUCUCUGUGCUUGACUAUUGUUGUGAAACAGCAGGGAAGCCCAGAAACAAAGAGGUGAAAGAAGUUCAUAUUGGAUGCUGUGAAUUUAAGAGUGCAAUAAUGCAAACUCUGUUAGGUGCAAAACAAUACUAGCCUCUGUUAAGCAUCAGAAUCAGGAAAGGAACAUUUAGACUGAUGACUAUACAAGCCUAUAAUGUCAACUCAGUAAAACCUGUUUGCAAAGGAAGACUGGGAAACUGUGAUAACGAUAAUUUUUUUUCCUUGCCUGGUUACAAAGUGAACUAACACAAAUGUUUUAUAGUUAUUAUAUCAACAUUAAGCAAAUCAUAUUUUUAACAAUGCAGUAAUGUAAAAUGGAGCCAUUUCAGCGAUGGGAGUCUGUUGUGCAAGUCCAAUUAAGCUAAUGACUAGAAUGAGAAAUUUUGGCUUUGAGAAGCAGCCUCUGAUUGCUCGGUUGGUCAGUUAAUCCACAAAUAUUUCUUCACCCUUUGAAGACCACGGAUUCCCCACAGGAAGCUGAGAUUUGGCAUGGAGAUUGAGUGUGUGUGUGUGUGUUUCUUUGUGUGGUGCCAAUUGUUUAAAAGGGGUUUGGCCGUGAGAGUGGCCAAUAACAAAACACAAUUAAAACGGUAAUAUGACCAAAUUGUACCAAGACAAACACAUGCACACUUCAUUGAGACCCAAUUCAAAGUCA